AUGGUGAGAAAAAAACUCAAAAAUAUUUUUUCGUUAAAACAUUUUAAAAAUAGAGUGAGGGAGAAAAAUUGGCAAGAUAAGGAAAAUGUAUCUUUACCACUUUUUUUGGGGGGGAUUUUAGUGAGCGAUAUUUCGAGUAUUUUUUGAAGUCCAUUGAAAAAAUCCAUCUUAAAAAUUUUUAUUUUGACCCAUUUCAGACCUAUUUUUUUAGACCACCUAGAGUCGAUGUAUGUGAAUAUUCUUCAAAACUUUAUUUUUUCCAGGAUCGAAAGAAAGUUAUCGAGCUGAUGAUCAAUGAACUGAAAGAACACGGAUACGAAGAAAGAUUGCCGAAAACCUGUGAAAAUCGCAUCAAAGACCUCAUGAAGAUCACCAAGGGUCUUAUCCAUAAAAUUGUGAAUCUGAAAAUAUAUUCCAUGAGGAAAAAUAAUAAAUUCAGGAGUCCACCACCAGCCAAAAGGACCAGGAAUACUUGCUUCGCUCGGCUCCCGAACAUAUCAAGUUAAUUUUGGGAAGACUCAUUCAAACUAGUGCGACUAAAAGAAGUUCCAGUGAAGAAAUUGACGAUACUCCGAGUGUUUGUUCAUUAAAAAAAUAAUAAAGAUUAAAAAAUGACUUUUCAGCCGAAGAAAGGCAAAAAAGACGACGAUCCUCCCUACGUCGAUAAGUGAGUUUGAAAUUAUGAUUUCCUGGUGUUCCUUGAAGAGGAAAGCCAUUUUCAAUAUUGACUUGCGCGUUUCGAAAGAUCAGAGCAUGGAUUUCAGAGCAGACUGAUUGAAAAUCACGGAAAAAAACAUUUUAAGGUCAAAAUCACCCCAAGAAGGAUCGCCAACGAGUGGAUCAAGACCUUAUGAUACAUUGAUUCGAAACGAAUCAACUAGACUGAAAGUGAGUAUCUUAUAAUGUUCUGAAUAUUCUUUGGAAAAAAAAAGAAUUUUCUCAAUUGUCGUAAAAUAAAAUGUGUCGCCGCAUACACGUGCGCACUGCGCAUAUCGGAUUUCCCGCGCAAAACGUAUUUUUUAGGUUAUUUGUAUUUUCAUUUUCUUUUUUUUUUGUCUAAUAUCUUUUCGCGACUUUUAGCAUUGUUUUUAAUAGUGAGCUGAACCAAAAUUUGUUUCAAAUGCGCUGGAUUUUGAAUAUGUCACAGUUUAAAGGGAAAAACUUUCCUAUGAAUUUCGGAAAAAAAUUUUUUUAUUCUUUUCGGCUUUCCAGUGGUUAUUUUACUCAUGCUUUGAAUUUCUGUUUGAAAUGAAUUUUUUCAGAUUUCCAAUUUUCUGAAAUCAAAUACCUCGGACAACGUUGAACCACGGGUUGGUUUUUUUUUAAAUGUUUGCUUCCAAAAUUUAAAACAAGCUGUGUUUUAUCGGAAGUUGAUUUUCAUCGUUUUUCAGCCUACAAUGAGGGUGGCGCCGCCAAUGACAGGCGAAGAAAAUCGAUUGCUCACCCAAAUUUUCCUGGAAAAUUAUGACCUUUACUACAGCACCAAUGGUGGACGCGGUAAAAGUGCUGGUAAAUCGGUUGGUUUGAAAAAUGAAAAAUAUUGUAUGCAAUAAAGUUUUUUUAGGACAGAAGACGAGUUUUGGAACAAAUCGUGGAGGAAUUGAGAGGGCGAGGAUUUGAAGAAAGAACGGAGAAAGCGGUGGAAAAUAGGAUCGCCGAUAAUAUGAGAAUGACGAGGAAGCUUAUCAGUAGGAUUGUGAGUCUUUUCUUGAGUUUGGAAUGGCUCAAAGUCUUGAGGCGCCUGUAAAUUGAGCCAUUCCAAAUGCGGUCAUUGAUUUUGGCUUUUUAGACUACUUGAGCAUAGGAACCUUGUGUUAACAAACUUGAAGUUAGGCGCAGAAAAAUAAAGAAAUGGGCCCCUCUGAAGUUAUCCUUCAGCUACUCUUUUGCCCAACCCUAUAGGGGCCACUGAAGCUUGCAAAAGAGGUCCCUAUAGGGAUAUGUUAGUCGAUAAUUGUUAUUAACUCAAAGUGAAGAAGCAUUUCCAUGGAAAAAAUCUAACCCUAAGCCCCUAUAGGGACCACUUUUUCGGCCCCCAUAAGCGUUGUUUUCCUCCCUAAUCCCUAUAGGGACCACUCUGAAAUUCUUAAGAACAUGUCAAAAAUGACAAUUUUCCAGGAAAAUGCGCCGAACUCCGUCGCAGCAGAGUGCAUCCUUAAGGCUGCCCCAGACCACCUGAAGCUCAUUUUGGGCAAAAUUGAGUCGAAUAUGCCGCAAGAAGCCGAGAAAGAGAAGUCACCCGAAGUGGAUAACGAGGAAGAAGAGGUUCAUUGUUGGAAAAUAGUAUUUUUAAGUGGAUUUUGUGAGCUUUUUAGUUGAGUUGAAGCUUCAAAAAUUCUCGGAUUUGUUUUUCAAAAAAUAACUGGUUCUUCAAACUAUAGUUAACUCUGUUUUUUUUUCUGACGAGGGAAGAUUUUUUGGUGGCCGGUUGAAACUUUGCUGAAAUGUACUAUAAGACCUCCUCUUUUGAGAACACGAAUAAAAUUUCUCGAAAUAAUUCUCGUUUUCGAGUUAUGGAGCUUCAAAGUUUGCGCGCUGAAAAAGAGCUGCAAGACGAGAGGGAUUGUAGCUCGCGUAGGAUCCCCCUGCUCCAGCUGGCAGCGUGGUCUAGUGGCUAGAGCCUUGCGCUGCGGAGUAUGUGACCGGGGUUCGAAACUUUUUGAAGAUGAUCUUUUUUUGCCAAACUCCCCUAGGAAGAAUCUAUUGAAUUUGUAGAAGUUUACAAGGUUUUUUAUGCAAAACAACAUGGUUUUCAUUUAAAGUCGACCGCUUGAAAAUAAUCAAAAUUUCCAGGUGAAUGUUGUGAAAGUGGAGGAAGACGAUGGUUUUGGGGAUAUCGCGAUGAACGAAGGACCUUCUUUCAAUGAUGCUUAUAAUGAUCCGUGAGUUUUGAAAAAAAAUGGAACUGAAGGUUAAUUUUAGUUGGUAAAAUGUUGAGUUUUGAAGUUUUUAGUUGAGAAAAAUGAUGGGAAUCGGUGUUUUUUCAAAAUGAAAAAGUGAAAAUUGAGAAUUCUUGUUGAAAAUCUGCUUUUCAGGGUUCCUUGAUAUAUUUAUUGAAAAAAGUUGAGCUGAACGAUUUUUUUGAUUCUCUGGAGGGACCCUUUAGUAAUGCCUCAAUUUUCACAAAUUCCUAUAUUUUUCUCAAAAAAAAGUCCGUUUUUUCAGGCCCAUGAUGUUGCCAGAAGACCUCACGGCCCUGGAAGAGAGAAAACUGGAGGCGCAAAUCCAAAACGAAGCGACCCGGGCACGAGUUCUGGCUCGUGAAGAACAACUCCAGCUUCAGCGGCAGCGGAUUCUCGACCUCCAGGAGCAGUACUACCGAGCCAAGAUCAACAAGAUGGCUCGCGAGAUUCGCAGAAACCCCAAUCCCACUCAAUAA